UAUAAGCUUUUUGCUCUCCCUUCCUCCCUCCCUCCCAAGCCAAGCCAAUAAUGGCUCUCCCUCAGUUCCUCUUACUUUCAAACACUGCUCACUUCAAAUACAAAAUCUUUCCAUCACUUUCAACAAUGAAGAGCUCUUGUGUUCCUUCUUCAAUCCAAUGCAAGGCUUCUUCGGUUAUCACUUCUGAUCAGAACAAUACUUCUCGUCUAUAUACAAACUAUUUCCAACCCUCAAUUUGGAACCACGACUAUAUCCAGUCAUUAACAAGUGACUUUUUGGAAAAAUCAUAUGCAGAAGAAACUGAUCGGCUGAAAGAAGAAGUAAGAAUAAUGCUCUUGAAGUUGGAAAAUCCUAUGGAUCAACUUGAGCUUAUUGAUAUCUUGCAAAGACUUGGAGUGGAUCAUCAUUUUGGCCUUGAAAUAAGCAACAUCAUAGAGAGUGUUUAUAAAAGUAAGGACACAUUAAAGAGGAACAACAAUUUAUAUGUCACGGCUCUUGAAUUCAGACUCUUUAGACAACAUGGCUAUGAUGUGUCAUCAGAGGUAUUUAAAGGAUUUCUAGAUGAUAAGGGCAACUUCCCUUCUGGCCUUUCGGUUGAUAUAAAGGGGAUGCUUUCAUUGUAUGAAGCCUCAUUUCUUUCAAUGGAAGGUGAAAUAAUACUUGAUGAAGCUAGAAAUUUAAGCUCAACUUAUCUCAAAGAGUUUAUCCAUCAUAAUAAGGAAGAAAAUGAGACAUCACUCUUGGUUAACCAUGCUCUAGAGCUUCCACUACAUUGGAGGAUAUCAAGAUUGGAAGCUCGAUGGUUCAUCGAUGUUUAUGAAAAAAGACAGCAUAUGAACCCUGCUUUGGUUAAGCUUGCUAAAUUGGAUUUCAACAUUUUACAAGCCAAAUACCAAGAAGACUUGAAAAAUACAUCAAGAUGGUGGAAAAGAAUUGGACUUGGAGAAAAGUUGAGCUUUUCAAGGGACAGAAUGGUGGAAAACUACGUGUGGACAGUGGCAUUUGCUGAGGAAUCACACUUUGGAUAUUAUAGAACAGUUGCAACAAAGGUUAACGCAUUCAUAACUACAAUCGAUGAUAUUUAUGAUGUCCAUGGAGAACUAGAAGAGUUAGAAAUAUUCACACAAGUCAUUGACAGAUGGGAUAUCAAUGCCAUCGAUUUUCUUCCAGGGUACAUGAAAAUAUGCUUCCUUGCACUUUAUAAUUUUGUCAUUCAAGUGGCUUUUGACAUCCUUAAAGAGAAUGGACAAAACAUCAUUCCACACCUGAAGAAAGUGUGGGCCGAUCUUUGUAAAUCAUAUUUGACUGAGGCAAAAUGGUUACGUAAUGGGCAUCAACCAAGCCUGCAAGAGUAUCUAGAAAAUGCUUGGAUUUCAAGUAGUGCACCUGUCAUACUUGUUCACGCUUUUAUGGUACUUUCUAACACAAGCUUUUCAAACCCAGUCUGCUUAGAAGACUAUUAUGACCUUAUUCAUUCUUCAUCAAUCAUUUUACGCCUUACCAAUGACCUGGGAACGUCUAAGCGUGAAAAGGAAACAGGUGAUAUAGCUAAAUCAGUUGAGUGCUACAUGAAUGAAACUGGGGCUUCUGAAGCUGAUGCUCAAAGGCAUAUAAACUCAUUGAUAUAUGAAACAUGGAAGAAGAUGAAUAAAGAAGCUACCAACUGUCCAGACUUCAAGAGUUUCAUUGAAGUUGCUUUGAACGUUGGAAGAAUGUCACUAUGCAUGUACCAGCAUGGAGAUGCCCAUAGCAUUCAAGACCUUGUGACUAAGAACAGUAUUAUGUCGUUACUUUUCCAGCCCAUUAUUGUAUGAACUUGCUUUGAUUGACCGAGUGAAAAAAGUGCACCGGUCUACCCUUGAUAGAUAAACCCAAACCACUAUAAGUGAGGCACACAUAUA